GUGUAGUGAGCCAAGAAAGCGGAAGGGAGUUAAACAAAAGGGUUGAAUAAUAGCUUAUUUAAUGUAUUUUAUGUCUUAAUUCCUGUAUUCAAUCUAUAUAUAUUUAUAUAUAUUAUUUCAACCCCUUUACCCUUCACCCUACUCUUUCCUUUCUUUCCUUCCUUUCCCUCCCCUACUUUCUAUUUUCCUCUCUUUCUCUCUCUUUAUAAAUUUAGUAUAUAAAGCAAUCUGUAUUUCUUUCUUUUAUACUCUUCUUCAUCAUCAAUAAAAUGGUACAUUGGUUUAAUUCACCUUUACAAUUUCAUCGUCGCUGGAAAGAAACAAAAAAUGAAAAACAGUACAUCGGUAAUGGUCGUUAUAGAUUAUUACAUGAAAUAGGUCAAGGCACAUCAAGUAUAGUUCAUCUUGCUAUUGAUUUAAAGACAAAACAAAAAUAUGCUAUUAAAGAAAUAUCUAAAUCUCGACUUGCACGUCAAUAUCAGUCAAAUUUAUUUUAUCAAAAUAAAAAAAGAGACUCCAUGAGUUACUCAAAAGAAAUGAUUGUAUCAAAUACUGAUUAUUCAAAAAAACGAAAACUAAAUAACACGAUUCAGCAGCAAAUAAUCACAAAGCAAAUGACAUUGGUUGUUAAAGAAGCAACUAUAUUAAAACAACUUUCUAAACAUAUUAAUAUUAUUGAUUUUAUUGAAAUGAUUCAAGAUUCUGAAUAUGAGGACUCUAUCUUUAUAGUUACUGAAUUUGUUGAAAAAGGAGUUGUUAUGGAUAUUAUACCUCAUUCAAGCACUAAACCUUACUCAGAGAUCCAAUGUUAUCUCAUUUUUAAACAAUUAGUUGCUGCUGUAGAUCAUUUACAUCAAAAUCAAAUUAUUCAUGGAGAUAUUAAACCCCAAAAUUUGAUAUUAUCAAAAGAUAAUUCAUUAAGACUGAUUGACUUUGGCACUGCUACCUUUAUUAUAAACAAGGCUACUCACUAUGAUUACAAAAUGAGUGGCACACCUGCAUUUAUGGCUCCUGAGCUUUUGAAAAAAACAUCAAAAGAAGGAUCCGAGCCAUCAUCUCCAACAUGUAUUGAUAUUUGGUCAAUGGGUAUUACACUUUAUUGUCUAGUCUAUGGACAUUUACCUUUUGAAAGAACUCAUCUAUUGGACCUAUAUUUUGAUAUUCAAAACAAAUCGUAAGUAGUAUUUCUUAUCCUAUAUGUAUAUAUGUGUAUAUUUAUUUAUUUAACGCUUGCUAUAGUGUUUUACAUUCAGCAGAAAUCGAUCCAUUACUAAAGGAUUUAAUAGAUAAAAUGCUUCAAAAAAAUCCUAAAGAUAGAAUUACUCUAAAAGAAAUAAAGUUACAUCCUUGGAUGGCAAGAUAAAGAGGGAAUCAACUCCAUUCUUGAAUAAAUAAUUUAUUAGCAUUUUGGUAGAAUGCAGCACAGAAUUUAGUCUCAUUUUCUUUAGUGAUAUAUAAUGGCUUAUUUUAUAGACUUGUUCACUUUAUUAUUCAAGAGAUCUAUACUUUGUUUUAUAAUACUUUAUCUUCUUUUAUUUCUGUCAACUACAUAAAGACUAAAAAAAUAAAAAAAUAAAAUAAAAUAAAAAUGAAGCUUUAUCA